AUGUACUUCCGUCUACUGUUCCCUUCAGCUGCUGUUCUUCUCGUUGAGGUGCUCGGCGCAGUCACUGGCCAAUUGGGACUGAACCAUCGACCAGCCCAGUACUGCUGCUCUAUACUCAAAGAAGAGACGGCUGUUGAGCACAUCUAUGUCCCGGGUGAUGAUGCUUACAACGAGCGAGUGGAGUCAUACUGGUCCCUAACCUCCCAAUUGACGCCCGCAUGCUUUGUUUUGCCUGGCGACUCCCAGGAAGUUGCGUCUGUCGUUCGAAUUCUUGUUGAAAAGACUGAAUGCAGCUUUGCUGUUCGCAGUGGAGGCCACUCCUCUAAUGCUGGAGCGAACAACAUCGAGGAUGGCGUUACCAUCGAUUUGAGCAUGAUGUACGGCACGACAUACGACCCGGUUACGGAGCUGGCAUCUGUUCUUCCAGCCACGAAUUGGCUUAAUGUUUAUAAUACCUUGGAUCCCUUGGGUCGCGGCGUGCCCGGUGGUCGACUAGGUGAUGUUGGUGUUGGGGGUCUUCUUUUGGGAGGAGGGUUCUCCUUGUACCUCUAUCGCAAUGGCGUUGCGUGUGACAAUAUCCGUGCAAUGGAGGUUGUCCUGGGUAAUGGAACUAUAGUCGUGGCUAGCGAAGACGAGAAUGCGGAUUUAUUCAUUGCGCUUAAAGGUGGCGCAGGCAAUUUCGGAAUUGUCACGAGGUAUGACCUCGGGACUUUCGAGAUUCAUCCUAUUUGGCAGCUGAGCAAGAUAUACCCUGAAGAGGCUGGACAGCCAUUCAUAGGAGCAUUGCAGCGUUGGACGGAUAGACUCGAGAGCUAUCCUAAUGGUUCGGCAAUUGUGUUCUGGAGUUAUCGUUUCGGACUAAGGGAGACGAUCGUUCUCAGCGGUCUGUCAGACAUUACUGGAAGGGAAUUCGCGCCGGCCUUUGAUGAGCUGGCUGGAAUUCCCGGCAACUUGUCGUUUGCAACUGGUCACAGCAAUAUGUCGACCAUUGCUCUCAAUGAACAGGCCGCUGGUUAUAGGAACAUAUGGUGGUCGCUCACCCUCGCAAAUGACGAGCGUCUUAUCGCCAAAGCGGUAGAGCUACAUCACGACCUUGUGGAGGAAAUGAAAGUGGACUCUUUAGACGGUGAUUUCGAAACACAAUGCUUCUUCCAACCUCUUCCUACCAUAGUUGGUCAGAAGGGUCCUAAUAUUUUAGGAAUCGACCGGCAUACCUCUAAUGCCAUUGUACUCCUGGCGUCUCUGGCAGUCAACGGGGAAGACCAGGAAGCGAUGGGGAGAAAGAAGAUGAUGACAUGGAAGAGUAAGCUGGAAGAUUAUGCAACAAGUUCGGGCGGCCUUUUCGAGUACAUUUACAUGAACUAUACGGAUGGGAGCCAGGACGUGAUUGCAAGCUAUGGGAAAGAAAACUUGUGCAAGAUGUGGGCGGUGUCUCAGAAGUAUGACCCCCUUGGGGUGAUGCAGUCCAGGCAGCCCGGAGGGUUCAAAUUGCCGGCAGAUGUAUCAUGCUGA